UACCUCUUAUAUACUGAGAGAAUGAAGCCCACUGCUCUUCACUUCAUUCACUCUAUCUAAAGCCAAGAGGACACAGGCAGACACUGUCACUGACAGGAAGAAGAGAAGACAAGGACAAACAGACUGAGUACAUUCCUUCUCCACCUCCGACUUCUCUGUUUCUCGCUCUUUCUGCAUUUGACCCCUAACCCUAUGCACUUGGGUCCUGCUUAGCUAGGUGGAUUCGGAGCGUGGGAUUUGUACGAAGAUGCAGGCACAGCUGGCGUGUGUGCUUCUCCUCUGUUUGACGUGUGGCGCAUUAUGUUCAGAUGUUGACCAGGAACAGCGGGCAAUAGAGGAGGAGCUGUUGAACAGUCUCUUCACUUCAAAGAUGAAACAGAGCAAGCAGGGCGCCCCCUACUGGCGUGUGUCCCUGGUGAAUGUGUGCAGGAUGGUGAACAGCCUGAUGAACAGCCUGUCGUGGAGAGAACAGGAGGAGUAUAACUCUGAGGAGGAGCUGUGGGAGAGACUGGCCUCCCUUCCUGAGCCCCUGGACAAGCUUUUAGACCUACAGCAGAUCUGCAGAGUGCUGCAGCUCCGAGAGGUGCUUGACGACUCACCAGAGAACUUAGACGCCGAUCAAAACAGUGACAACCCGCUCAAAAGGAAAUCACCGUAUAUUUUUAAGAGGCAGGUGAAAAACACCAAAGCUCGGAGGCCGUACAUAUUGAAGCGGAGUACAUUGUACUGAACCAAACCACAGGAAGAGAAAGAAAGACACUAUACGUUCUGUGGAUAUGUGACCAUAUGUGCUCUCUGUUGUCGCAUUAUUAUUGAUGUUUCCUCGGUGUCCUGCCGAUACAGAUGAUAUCUCAAUCCUGUGUCCAUCACUAUAGGUCUCUACUAACAUACUAGGCCUACUCCUACUCCAUAAAGCGAGGACUAAUGUAAAUAAAAGCAAACAAAAGCAGCAAGCAAAUGUGUAUCUUUUGAGAGGCUUUAUAUUUCUUAUUUUUGUUCACUGCACAAAACAGUUUAUUUUCAUUUCCAAUGUGAUUAAACAAUACAUAUUUCAAAACCA